GCAUUCACGCUCAUUGAAAUUCAUUCACUUCUCCAUUGUAGAAUCCAAAGAUGCCGGCUCCCAAGCCCCAUAAAUUACAGAAACCAAAAAGGAAAGACCCAGGCACAAUUCUCAAAAGGUCGCUUUCCUCCAUUACUGUAUCUUUGGCAAGAUUUAGAAAAAGAAGGCCAUCAAUUUCAGGAACAAAAACUCAAAGCUCGGUGAUCACAGCUACGCAUGAAAACAUAUGUGCUCUUGGUCAAAAUCGUGUUUCUACCAGAGUGCUCAUCGAGAUCAAAGAAUAUUCACCAUCAUUAGAGAUCUCUAUAGGAUCUAUCAUGUCAAUGAACCCAGAGACAAAAUACACAGGCUGCUGGAGUUCGGGCACAAAAUCUACCUCAUCUCUUUCGAGUGGUUCAAACAUGGAGACUGAUAUGCACAUACCUCGAAAAUUCCUUCGACCCAUCACUCCUCUGUCGUCAGAUGCAAGUUCAGAUGAUGAACUCCAGGGCCGCAAUUUUCAUUUCCCUGCAAAACUACCUGAAUUUCAGAGAAUGAAUAUGCAGGAUGAUUUUAUAAAGAGUCUGAUAAGAAAGCUCACGAGAGAGAGGCGAGAGACAAAGUUGGUAUUGCGAGGCUCAAAGAGACACAGAUGUCUGGCUACGGUGAGAAGAGUUAUGGAUAGUGGGUGGAUCAUUCAGUCGCAGGUUUUAGGAAAGCUCAAACAAGGGAGGAAAAGGAAGUUGGAUGAACAGAGCAUCUAGCUGGAUUUUGGUGGUAGCUUUAUGCGUAUAUUUGAUCAGGGAGUUGGAACUUGCCAUACUGUCAGUUACCGCAUGAUAGAAAUAUCAAAGUUCA